GGGGGGGGGGGCCAGGAGCUGCGGGACGGCCCCGGACAGUGCGGGAGGAAGUUUGCUGAGCCGCUGCCGCACGAGCGCUGCAACAAAAACGCAGAGCUCCGACAGGCAGAGUCAGAGCUGCACAGGAAGCACGUGAGAGAGGCUUGGGGUGAUCAGCUAACACAACAAAACAAGGAAGAGGUGACCACACUUGAAGAGAAGAGUCACGAAACGGCAGGAGGGGAAGUGCUGGAAAGAACGAGACAAGAGGAAGACAAGCAUCAGCUGGAGAAGCAGCAAGCAGAGACGUUGCUUCAGCAGAUAGAAGAACUGAAAUUGCAGGAGACAAAGGCAAUCAAGCUGAAAAAGGAACAAGAGAAUUUGUUAAAGCAGCAGUGGGAGCUGGAGAAUUUGGAAGAAGAAAGGAAAAAAAUGGAAGAGCACCGGAGGAAGAAAGAGCUUGGUCGCUUUCUGAAGCAUCAGUGUGAUGUCCAGUUAAGGAGACGAGCACAGCAGAUACAGGAGGAGCUGGAGACAGACAGGCAAAUCUUAUCAGUCCUCCUGGAGAAAGAAGAUGAGGAUCAGUGCUGGCAGAUCUUGCGGCGGGAACGGGCGGUGGCAGAUGUGGCUUGGAUGAAGAGGGUCAUCGAGGAACAGCUCCAGCUGGAAAGGGAGAGGGAAGCAGAGCUCGAGACUAUCUUCAGGGAAGAAGCAAAAAAAAUAUGGGAGAAGAGGGAAGAAGAAUGGGAAAGAGAGAAGGUGGCCAGAGAUCGCCUGAUGAGUGAGGUCCUUGCAGGCAGACAGCACCAGAUCCAAGAGAAGAUGGAGUUAAACAGACGGGCCCAAGCAGAGUCCAUUAAGUAUCGAGAGCAGCUGAUCAAAGAACUCGAGGAGGUGAAGGAAAGGACUCAUUGGGAGAAGGAGCAGGAGGAGGAACAGCAGAGAGCCUGCAGGAGGGAGCUGCAGGCACAGGGGACAGAGCACAGCUGGAGAGAGGAGGAGGAACAGCAGCAGGGAUGGGGGCAGCUGCACCUGGAGGAGCUGGAGCAGCAGGAGGGUGAGCAGGGCUAGCACAGCAUGUUCUACAGUUACCCAAGAGCAGCUUGGACCUGCGGAAUGAGCACAAGAUGCAGCUCCAGACUACAGAAAGAAAACUCUGAGGACUCAAGGAACUCCUGGAAUAAUGGUGCCUCUGGAAUAGCCUACAGUGAGAUCAAAACUUGACUCAGUAGAUUUCUGAAAACAUUUAGUUGUGGCCAAGCUGAAGAGGAGAAAAGUUCUGCUCUCUUUAGGAAUGUGGAAGUGUGAGCACCUUCAGAGAAGUGAACUGCUUCACACUGCAUUCUGGAAUUGUGCUCAUGUAUUUUAGUACAUGAGAGGCUGAAGCAACCCAGCAAAUUAAAGGGCCCUGUGGAGCUGAGCCAUGAAAGAAUCUCUGCCUCCCCCGGAACAGGAGCUGUGAAACACCACGGGCUGUGUCAGACUCCCACCUUGGAGAAUCAGGCUGUGCCUCUGUUCCCACUGGACUCUGAGGAGUUAAUUCAUAAUGCACAUUGCAAAUGAGUCAUGUGUGCUGUGGCAGCAGUGCUUGUCCAGUUCCUCUCCAGAAGGUGCUGGAGACUUAAUUAAAUGUUGUUUUUCACUUGUUUCAUAAAUUAUGAAUAAUUGAUUUUUGUUUUUUUUAACAUGAGCAAACUACUACAGCAACAGGAGAGGAGAUGGAGUUGAUUAUUGCAGUUCCUUCCCUCCUGUUACCAUCCACAUCAGUCCUGUCACAGUGCACAAGGAGCACUCAAGAGCAGAAACCUUUCCAAAGAUCUUUAGAGAACCAGCAGUCAAAUAAGCCCACAUUAUUUCACACACUGAAAGGGUUUUAGCAUUUUAUAGUAAUACUGUAAACAAAAGAUUAAAAGUCAAAAUAUUGUACAGACAGAAUGACACUGAUAAAUACAAGGUUUGGAAAAAAGGCAAAAAAAGCUUUUCCUUUCCUCUGCAGCAUUUUGUAAAGGAAGAGCAAGUUUGUUUACAGGGGAACAAGAGGAGAUCUAGUCCUAAAAGAAAAACACACCUUUGUUACUUGAGGUGCUACAAACUCUGUGAUUGCAGUGCUGUGAGUGGAUGGUUCACGAACUUGCUGCUGGGGGUUCCUGUGGGGUGUGAACCACUCUGAUUUCAGUGUAGCUGGAGCAGGGGCUGGCAGUUACUAAAGUGUCCCUUGCUUUUGGAUCAAAGGCAGGUUUAAAUAAGUGAUAAAUUACACCAUAGCUCAGUGUCAUCCUGCUUUGGGAGGCAGGUAAGAUAUGUUAAAGAACAGCACACAGAGGUGUCCUGAGAGACUGAAAAAUGCCAUCUGCUGCUUUUCAGCCAUGCCAAUUUAAGGAAAGUUCUGAGAAGGUUAUCAAUGUAUUUAAUUAAUUGCCAGUUGCAUGAUUUUGAAGUAGGUUUCACAAAGGUCAGUUGCAGUUUUAAUUCCAGCCUGCCGGCAUUGUAAGGUUAGAGCUGCUUCUGGGGAUCAGAAGGGCAGAAAGGAAAUAAAACAAUGAAGAACAUUAAUUCACUGGGCUGUCAUCUCCUCUCUCCAUUCCUUCCCUCUCUCAGACUCUGGGAGCCAGACAGCACCAGGAAUCCAGCAGUGCUAUGGCACUAGUGCUUGGAUAUAUCCACACAAACACACCAUUUUUGCUGGCUCGUGGGCAGUGACAAUGCACUUCCAAAUGGGACACAGGCAGAGGCAAAAAUCCGUGAUUUCCUGCACCACUUGAAAUUCAGACUCCCAAAAAUAUUCUAAUUUUUGAAAUUAUGGACUGACACACUUUUGUGAACUGUUAUAGAUGAAGAAAUCUGGAGCACACGGCCACUGGGGCCAGGCAGCCUGGCAGGGGUUACUUAGCAAGUUGUCAAAUUUUGCAAGGUUUGCAUAAAAAACUUCAGAGAUAGGAGAAAUGCUUUCACAUUUGGAUAUGUUGAGGUACAGAGGUUAUGUGCUGUGGCAGACACAGCUGCUUUUGCACUGGCACUCCUUUAACUUCCUUUUUCUGUUAAUGAGCACAGAAAUCUUCAGUGAAAUUGUAUCUGGAGUUACUAAGAAAUGCUGCUGCAAACAAGACGGUGCCUCAAAAAUGACAGGAAAAUUCUGCAGGAAACUUAACAAUGAAUUACUAACUCAGAAACAAAGGAUAAUAUUUUAACCACUAAUGCCCUAAAGUAACAUCAAACAUAUAUAUUAAUGGCAUAGUGACAACUAAAAGAAAUAACUAUUAAAAGUUUCAAAUUCCUUCCAAAACAGGUAAAGUGACAAAGACUUUGAAGAGUUACACGUAACAAGCUUGGAUGCCCACAACUACUACUGGUUUAGCAGACUAAAAAACAUAUUGCACAACAGUUGAUAUGGGAACAGAGAACACUGGGCUUGUACCCUGUUACCAGGACAAACCUUCUUCCUGCUGGGAGCAGUCCUGGAGCCUGGGGAGUCUCAGCCAGCAGGAUCCCAGCAGGGGAGGGAUGGAGGGAUGGAGAUGCUGCCCUCCCAUCCGUGCAGUGGUGUCAGAGCAGUCCCACCAGCAGGAUCUGAAAGCAGAACGUGGCCCCAAGGAAACAUCUACGAGAGCUCGGUACAGCGCUGGGACACGAGAGUGGCUCGACAGCUACUUGCAACAUGCUAUUACCCAUAACUACACUGGCAACACA